CAAUCACAGUCACGUCAAUUGUUUUCCACACCUUUAUCAUUCGCACACACCUCGGGGAGUACAACAUUAUAUAAGGACUUAUCUUAAUGUUUGUUCGCUCUCCUCUGUGCCUCCUUCCCCACAGCGCGUCAACACACAGCCUCUUUUUAGUUUAAACCUGACACUACUAAGACAAUACUAAGAGCCAUGGCUGGAAAGGUUGUGCUGCACUACUUCAAUGGGAGGGGGAAGAUGGAGUCUAUCCGGUGGCUUUUGGCUGUUGCAGAAGUUGAGUUUGACGAAGUCUAUCUGACAACUCGUGAGCAGUAUGAAAAACUCCUGAGUGAUGGAGCUCUCAUGUUUCAACAAGUCCCUUUAGUGGAAAUCGAUGGCAUGAAGCUUAUUCAGACAAAAGCAAUCUUGAGUUACAUCGCAGAGAAGUACAAUCUUCAUGGGAAAGAUCUCAAAGACCGGGUCAUGAUCAACAUGUACUCGGAGGGACUGAUGGAUCUCAUGGAAAUGAUAAUGAUAUUGCCCUUCAGUACAGAUAAAAAUGCACAACUGGAGGUCAUUAAAACCAAAGCAAAAGGCCGCUACCUUCCUGUGUUCGACAAGGCACUGUCUGGGCCCAUUUACCUGGUGGGCGGUAAGCUAAGCUGUGCAGAUGUGCAGCUGCUUGAAUGCACCCUGAUGUUGGAGGAGAAAUUUCCUGAAAUCCUUGCAGAGUUUGGAAACGUGAAGUCUUUCCAGGGCAGGAUGACCAGGAUUCCUGCCAUCAGCAAGUUCCUGCAGCCAGGCAGCAAGAGGAAGCCGCAGCCAGACGAAACCUAUUCGAAGACCGUCAUGGAGGUCUUCCAAAUCAAGCUGCCAUUGACUGGGAAAUGAGUAAUUAUGCAUGCACAGCAUGAACUACGGCAUCUGGAAGAAUUACUAGUUGCGUACUAGUUGCUAUAUGUUGAGAAUACUAAUACACCUUCCAUUGCAAAUUGAGUUAGCUGGAAUCCACGUCAUCGUAUUAUCUUGAUUUAAUGUGAUGUUCUUUACUUAAUAAAUGCAUGAGUCAAAUUGAA